AUGAGCUUCGUCACCCGCCGCGGUCUUUCGACCCUCAUCCCCCCCAAGGUCGCCUCUCCUAAGGCCCUUGGUGCGGACCCCAACGCCGUCCGCAUGCAGCGCGUCGUCAACUUCUACGAGAAGCUCCCCCGUGGCGCGGCUCCCGAGGCCAAGGCUACUGGUCUUCUCGGCCGCUACGCCGCCAAGCACUUCAACGGCAAGAACGCCUCUGCGAAGCCCAUCAUCCACGCCCUUGGUUUCCUCCUUGUCAUCGGCUACGCCCAGAACUACUACUUCCACCUCCGCCACCACAAGAACAAUGCUCACUAA